AUGACUCGAGAUACUCUUCGCCCAGCCGACGGCAGCCAUAACAACAGCCCCGAGCUAGACAUUCUGGCCGGCCUGUGGGAGGAAGCGCGCUUUGCCAGGCUACCAUGGGACGCCCCUGAGGAGUUGAGAGAGUUGGUGGAAGAGAUUGACAAUCCUAGGAAAGUAUACGCUGUUCACAAGGCCAGUCGCAGGCACAACUUCCAACUUCUGGUCCAAAAGUACAUCUUCCAACUACGCGAAGGUUGCGGUAACGAAAACUGUACAACGCCAACAUGCUUCAGCUGCCGCAGGAGGCUUGCUGGCCGAGCACCCAUCCGACGAUACAAUACCACGAGCGCGAGGAUACUGGCCAUUUACCUGGCGAGCCAGGACAAUCCUGAGAAUGGACUGUGUCCUGGCUUGCGCUUACCAAAGGCACCACCGGCCGCUCUCAAUUCUCUUCGUUUCUCACCAGCUCCCAAACCUUAUCACAUCAAGGGGCCCAAUGUUGCUGGCGACACAAGUUCACUCAAGAAUACAGGAGCCGGGAAAGGACACAGGACACCGAAUAAUGACAGUGGGAAGGACAAGGAACGACCAAAAAGUCCAGCACAACAUGCAGAGAAGGCAGAGCCAGCUUUCACGGUGCUAGAGAGGCCAAACCGAGCAGAUUAUCGAUCCUUUGCCGCAAAUGUUUUCGGAACCGUCGCUGUCAAGAUGGUGGAGUGGCUUACCCCGGCUGCCAUGGAGGAGAUGUCACGCAUUGCGAAAGCUUACGAGACAAGCGAGCCAACAAUCCCAAAAGAUCGCCAAGUUGGGGCGCCAAAAGCCUCAAAGAACGAGUCGCCAGGCCAACAAUCGAGCGCUGGACAAGUCUUACCGCCCGGCACCAUCAAGGAUGCUAGGCCCAAGGAGCUGGAAACGAAGAGCGAUGGAAAGCAAAACGAGGACAGCGAGAAAACAGCAGUCAAGGAGGUGAAGCCAGCAAGCGAACAUCCAAGCCAACAGGGACAUCGUCCUAAUGGUCACCGACGGAAUUCGAGUGCAAGAGUUCGGGCACCAGGAUCCGGCCCGAAACCCAAGCGCAAACUGUCGAUCGACCAUUUUACCACUGAUACUCGCCCCAAUGGUUCCGCAGACAAAGGAUUGCGAGGUCUCAAGGCUGCUGGCUCAACACUCACGCGCCCAAUCUCCCAGCUUUCGUCGGCCGGCUAUUUCGAUCACGUCAGCUUGGAGAAGAUGCCUCCCAAAUCUGCCGAUCUGAGACCCAAGACUGGCAUUCGCGGGCAACUCGAUGCUUCCAAAAGUACCGAGUCAAACCACCAGUUAAAGGUAGCCUUCGAUUCCGGGGCUCCUGGUGUUCAAGGAGAAAGACGAGCAGGUGACGUCGAAUCCGAUUCCGAGGAUGAUCACAUACUUCCUCAGACUUUGUCAAGGCUCGAUCCUCGUGUAGUCGACUUCAUGUGCGAUGUAAUACAGGAGGACGGCACCGCCGAAGGCCACGUCCUGGAACCACGAGCAGUAACCAAAUUCCACAAGGGUUAUGCGGACCAGAGCAAGGCGCUCGAGAGGAAGCUUGAACCCAAACGCGCUCGUUCACCCAACAUGAAACUGGAAUGGAAGCUGUUUGUAGAGCAGUCUCUCUUCCAUGUCUUGAGUGAUCCACAUCAAGCUAUCCGAUCCUUCACCACAAAUGGCCAGCUCUACGAUUCGGAAACGCUAUGGUACUGCAUGUUACGCAUGACACGAGUUGCUCCUUCUCUGGUCUUCCAUAGUCUAUGGAUGGCUGCUGCCAGUCUGUUCGCUCCCCCAAAGGCGCUCCAGUCUCUUCGUUCGCGGACUACGAAGCUUUUCCCCAAGUCCGAAAAGGCUCUGUCAAACGAGGAGGCUGGUCGGCUUCUGUCCAUUUGCUUGCACGCCUUGGUCGCUGCAGCCCCGUUGGUCAAUGAUGAUAGACAGCUGUAUGACAUGUCGAGAAUAAGGGCUCACGGUUUGAUAUUUGCUGGCAGUGGCUCGCCAGCUGCUCAACCCACUAAUCUGUGUCUUCAGUACGAGGAUGCCUUCUCUGACGAACUGGCCCUUCGUCUUGCUAAACGGGUUCUUGCAGCCAUCCCCACACGUCGUUACUAUGAUGAGCUGAAGAGAUCCAACAUUGCAGACGAUGAUGCCAAAGAACACGACGUGCUUAACCCCCUAUUCUCGCAAUUGGAUUAUCUGAAUGAGGAUCCUUUGUACAUCAUCAACUUCCCCUUCUUCGACCGCACCAUUCAUGAGACGCGCGUUCCUAUCCUUUUGCUUGACUGGGCGAGAGCUGUGAUGAUCAAAGAGUGGGAUGGUAACCCCGAGGUGCCUGGAGAUGGGCCCUUUGGUGGUGCCUUGGCCCUCGUCGAUGCUAUGCACGAAAAACGUGAGGACCUCCUGCUCGGUGACGUUCAGUUUCACUCCAAGUAUUUUGCCGAUCGGUUGGACGUAGUGGAGGCGCCGGUCAACUGGCUUGCGCACGCUUCGAACCGGAAGAAGCUGCAUUUGCUAGAUUUUCCCUAUCUAUUCGACAGCAACACGCUCGUGGGCUUCUUCCGUGCCAUCAACCUUUCUCGCAUGAACCGCUAUUACGAGCAGUCGGCCUCGAUUCAGGAGAGAUUUGAGGUUUAUAUGGGAAGAUCCAGCCCGAUGAAUGAGCACCAUAAAAGGGUCCUCUUUGACAAACUCAAGAUUGCGAGUUCCAAGUACCUCAUCCUCGAAGUUAGACGUAAUAGGGUCAUAAGGGAUGCUUUCGACCAGCUAUGGCGGCGAGAGGAGCGGGAACUCAUGCGGCCGCUCAAGAUCCACCUUGGUGAACAUGCUGGCGAGGAAGGUUUCGACUCUGGUGGCGUCCAGCAGGAGUUCUUCCGCCUUGCCAUGGCAGAGGCCUUGAACCCUGACUAUGGCGCGUUCACGGUAGACGAGAGAACCAAGAUGACCUGGUUCCAGCCUGGGUCUGCGGUGGAGGAAUGGAAGUUUGAGCUCAUCGGACUGCUCAUGUCUCUGGCCAUCUAUAAUGGUCUCACCCUUCCAGUCACCUUUCCCAAGGCGCUUUACGCCAAACUCCUUGGCGAGCCCGUUACCGACCUCGACCACAUAGCAGACGGCUGGCCUGACCUUGUCAGCGGGCUUACCAUGCUCCUUGACUGGGACGAAAAGGAAAUGGGCGGUUCCGUCGAAGACGUGUUUUCUCGCACUUACGAGUUCUCUGUCGAAAGCUUUGGCGAACAGGUGACCAAGCUUAUGACACCUCCACCCCCGCCCAUCUGCUCUCGAGGGGGCAAGUUGGCCGCCGAAACGGACGCUUUCUCUCGGGAAGAACCCUGGCCUCAAUUCUCUCCCGCCUUCCGAAGACUCAGUGACGCCUCGUCUACCGCCUCCACUGUCCGUUCCGAAGAAGAGGCACCGCUCGUCACAGCCGCCAACCGCGAGCAGUUUGUGUCUGAUUACAUCCGCUACCUGACCGAUGUCUCCAUCCGUCCACAGUUCGAGGCCUUUGCGCGCGGCUUCUGUACCUGUCUCCACCCCAAGUCCCUGUCACUGCUCACCCCCUCGCUUCUCCAGUCGCUAGUCGAAGGCGUGCAGGAGAUCGAUAUCAACGAGCUCCAGCGGUACACGCGCUAUGUCGACUGGGACGCAUCCCACCGGACCGUCCGCGAUUUCUGGAGUAUCGUUAAGAAGUACGACGACAAGAUGAAGAGACGGCUGCUGGAGUUCGUCACAGCCAGCGACCGCUUGCCGGUCGGAGGCGUCAAGAACCUGGUCUUCACCCUUCAGAGGAACGGCAAGGAAGAUUACACUGAUGUGGACGAUGAAGAUGAGGAGGAGGAAGAUGAUGGUCCGUAUGACAGCGAUGAGUGGGAAGUACAGGGUGAAUUCAGCUCCGACGAGUAUACUUCCGAAGAGGAGGAGGAUUUCUGGGGGCAACGCGAGGAAGAGGAGGAGGAUAACGACGGGGUGAGGCGAGGCGAAGUCGUCAUUGAAGAUAGUGGCGAGAGCCACGAGAGUCAAAUUCGGUCCCAGGCUCACAGCCAGCCCGCUCCUGAAAGUCCAACCACCACCAACAACAACAACACCUCGGCAGAGGAUGACGCAAGACAGCAACAACAGGAAAACACGCCACCGCCGCCGCCGCCGCAGCAGCAGCAGCAGCAGGAGCAGCCGACGACGACGCCAGCGCAAAGAGCCCGUACUUCCUCGUCGGCCAAUGGACACAGGAGACGCAGAAGCGUAAGAAGUUCUCAUAGUCAUGGUCAUCGGGAAAGGCGCGCUAGUGCUCGCAGCGGCACCGGAGAGCAACAGCUUGAAGAGCAAGCAGCACCACCAAAGGAGAAGAAGAAGAAAGCACCGAGGUUACCUACCGCUUAUACGUGCUAUGGCAUCCUUCUGCUGCCGGAGUACAGGGAUAAGGAGAUGUUGAGGGAGAGGCUGGCUAUGGCGUUGGAGAAUGCUCAGGGUUUUGGGUUUGCCUGA